ACCAGCAGAGGCAGCAGCCGGAGCAGCCGCAGCCUGCGCCCUCUCCCGCCCGCCCGCCCUCCGCCCGCCCGCCCUCCGCCGCCCUCCACCCGCCCCGGGGUCUCUUUCCCCCUUCCUCCUCCUCCUCCUCCACCCCCCCCUUCCUCCUCCGCCCGCCCGCGGGGCCCCCCUCGCCUUCCCGCCCGCCCCUAUUGUUCCGCCCCCGGCCUCCCGCCCUUCCCCUUCCCGCCCGCUCCCCUUUUCCCCUCAGUCGCCUCGCGCCUGCAGUUUUUGGCUUUCACCCCCAACAGUGACCAAAGACUUGACCACUCAAAGUCCAGCUCCCUAUAAUAACACUGCUCGACAUGGACACCGGUGUGAUUGAAGGUGGAUUAAAUGUCACUCUCACCAUCCGGCUACUUAUGCAUGGAAAGGAAGUUGGCAGUAUCAUCGGGAAGAAAGGAGAAUCCGUUAAGAAGAUGAGAGAGGAGAGUGGUGCACGAAUCAACAUCUCAGAAGGGAAUUGUCCUGAGAGAAUUAUCACUUUGGCUGGACCCACUAAUGCCAUCUUCAAAGCCUUUGCUAUGAUCAUUGACAAACUGGAAGAGGACAUAAGCAGCUCUAUGACCAAUAGUACAGCUGCAAGUAGACCCCCGGUUACUCUAAGGCUGGUGGUUCCUGCUAGUCAAUGUGGCUCUCUCAUUGGAAAAGGUGGUUGCAAGAUCAAGGAAAUACGAGAGAGUACAGGGGCUCAGGUCCAGGUGGCAGGGGAUAUGCUCCCCAACUCAACUGAGCGGGCCAUCACUAUUGCUGGCAUUCCGCAAUCCAUCAUUGAGUGUGUCAAACAGAUCUGCGUGGUCAUGUUGGAGUCCCCUCCGAAGGGCGUGACCAUCCCGUACCGGCCCAAGCCGUCAAGUUCUCCAGUCAUCUUUGCAGGUGGUCAGGACAGGUACAGCACAGGCAGCGACAGUGCGAGCUUUCCCCACACCACCCCGUCCAUGUGCCUCAACCCUGACCUGGAGGGACCACCUCUAGAGGCCUAUACCAUUCAAGGACAGUAUGCCAUUCCACAGCCAGAUUUGACCAAGCUGCACCAAUUGGCAAUGCAACAGUCUCAUUUUCCCAUGACGCAUGGCAACACCGGAUUCAGUGGCAUUGAAUCCAGCUCUCCAGAGGUGAAAGGCUAUUGGGCAGGUUUGGAUGCAUCUGCUCAGACUACUUCUCAUGAACUCACCAUUCCAAAUGAUUUGAUUGGAUGCAUAAUCGGGCGUCAGGGCGCCAAAAUCAAUGAGAUCCGUCAGAUGUCUGGGGCGCAGAUCAAAAUUGCGAACCCAGUGGAAGGAUCUACUGAUAGGCAGGUCACCAUCACUGGAUCUGCUGCCAGCAUUAGCCUGGCUCAGUAUCUAAUCAAUGUCAGGCUUUCCUCGGAGACGGGUGGCAUGGGGAGCAGCUAGAACAAUGCAGACUCAUCCAUAAUCCCUUUCUGCUGUUCACCUCCACCACCCAUGAUCCAUCUGUGUAGUUUCUGAACAGUCAGCGAUUCCAGGUUUUAAAUAGUUUGUAAAUUUUCAGUUUCUACACACUUUAUCAUCCACUCGUGAUUUUUUAAUUAAAGCGUUUUAAUUCCUUUCUCUGUUCAGCUGUUAAUGCUGAGAUCAUAUUUAGUUUUAUAAGCUUCCCCCUUUUUUUUCGUGGGUUUUUUUUUGGCUCAUGAAUUUUUGUUUGUCAUGGAAAAUGUAAGAGUGGAAUAUUAAUACAUUUCAGUUUAGUUCUGUAAUGUCAGGAAUUUUUCAAAAAAAUAUUAAAAGAUGGACUGGA